AUGAAGUUCGUUGCAUUGAUAUCGGGUGGGAAGGACUCGUGCUAUAAUAUUCUUCACUGCCAAAGACAAGGUCAUGAACUUGUCGCGCUGGCUAAUUUGCGGCCUAUAGACACAGACAAACAGGAGCUAGAUAGCUUCAUGUUUCAAACUGUUGGCCAUGAUAUUGUCUCUCUCUAUGAAAACUGUACAGGUCUUCCGUUGUUUAGAAAGGAGAUUCAUCCAAAAACGUCCAAGAACGUUGAAUUGAACUAUACACCCACAAAGGACGACGAAAUUGAGGUACUGUACCAAUUAUUAUCAGAAGUUAAACAAUCGAUUCCGGAUUUACAAGCUGUAAGUGUUGGAGCCAUCUUAUCUUCAUACCAAAGAACCAGAGUUGAAGAUGUGUGUGGAAGGUUGGGACUUGUAGUUUUAAGCUACUUAUGGCAGAGAAGUCAACUUGAGCUGAUGACCGAGAUGUGUUCAAUGUCUAAGCAGGAGGAUGAAUUAAAUACAUCUGAGAGUUGUAAACUUGAUGCUAGGAUUAUCAAAGUAGCAGCGAUCGGCUUGGACAACACAGAUUUAGGGAAAUCGUUACCACAGUUAUUUCCAAAGAUGCUAAAAUUGAACACCCGAUAUGAGGUUCAUAUUUGCGGUGAAGGUGGUGAAUUUGAGUCUAUGGUGUUGGAUGCGCCAUUUUUUCGUAAAGGAUUUCUAAAACUAGAAGAGGUUAUUGAUACAACUGACAAUGAAAAUGACGGUGUAUAUAACGCACAAUUGAUAGUGAAAUUUCAGAAAAGAGAACUACCAGAUGAUAUAUUUCAAUCAGAGUUGUCGAGAUUGCCUGUUCCACCAUUAUUUGACCCGGCAUGGAACGAAUUGUAUGAGCUUAUCGAUAAUGAAAACUUCGAAGAUACCAAAACGAUCAACACUAUGAAUAUAAGACUUCCCUCAGUUAAAACACAUACAAACCGCAUUGGAAACUUACUAUAUAUUUCCAAUAUACAACCACAGUACAAAGAUGGCACUGUACAAGAGCAAGUCAAGGAUGUACUACAGCAACUGGAUAAUAUACUAAAAGAUAAUCAUCUCACAGCCAAAAACGUACUCUAUUCUUCUCUGUUGUUGACAGAUAUGUCCCUUUUUGCCUCUGUAAAUCAAGAGUACAGUAAGUUCUUUGAUAUAUGGAAAAAUGGUCCCCUACCACCAGCAAGGGCGUGUAUCGAAUCCAAUAUAAUUAAUGAUGGUAGUGCUUUGCAACUCUCAGUAGUUGUUAAAUAUGCGGAUCAAACUCUUGGAAAUGAUAUAGAGAAGUGUGAAAAAAGUGGCUUACAUGUCCAAGGAAGAUCAUAUUGGGCACCAUGCAAUAUUGGUCCGUAUUCUCAAUCUAUUUGGCUAUCUAAUGAUUUGAAUCAACUUUCAUAUUUAAGCGGUCAAAUUGCUUUAGAACCCUCACAAAUGGAGAUGAUCGACACCAAUGAUGCUAAACAACAGGCAGUUUUAUCAUUAAAGCAUCUAGAUAGUAUCAAACAAGUGAUAAAUGCAAGAAAUCAAGUACAGCUAACCUGUUUCAUUAGCAAUAACUCAAUAGUACCACUACUGACUCAAACUUGGGCUCAAUAUUCUGAAGAUAUAAUAUAUAGUUCAGAAAUGGAAGAAUGGUGUGGUAAACCUAGUGAGUCUCAAGAUUGCUUAAUUAUUGUGAAGGUAUCCAAUUUGCCUAGGAACGCUCUUUGUGAAUGGGGAGGGAUAGCGGCUAAAUCACUAGAAGUGGAACAUGACGAUCAUGAUUUAACAGCAGAAUUACGUAAACUUAACCUAGAUGGUGGCAUCAAUAUAAUAAAUCAUCAUGACCUAACAUUAAGACGGUUCAAGACUACCUUUGCUAAUACAGCAGAGCAACUAAUUACACAAAUAAGAGGUGUAACUUCCAAGAAUACGCAUUGCAUUAUUUUUUUCUCUGAAUACUUAUGUGUAGAUAAACUUCAAGACACUAGUGCCGAGUUCAUUCCAGUUGAAAAGGUUUAUAAUUACAAAGGUGAAGAAGUAAAAUUCGCGGCACACAUUGUUAAUCACACUAAAUUUUAA